AUGGACACUGCCCAGAAAGCGUUCGGUGGCUGCACCUCGCCAGAGGUUUUCCAGGAGCAAAUAAUCGUCCGUUUUGCUCUUGGGUGUAAUGAUGGCGAGGCGGGGCAACAGUUGAUUAAUUAUCCCCCGAGGACUCUCGAGGAGGCAAUUAAGAGGGUCAAGACGUUUCAACUUAGCCACUCUGAGUGCCAAGAUUUUUACGUGGCACGCAGAGAGCGCUCAGAGUCGAGGGACCGCACUAAUCGUGCCAGCAGGGACCGUCCUUAUCGUGCCAGCGAGGACCGUUCCCCAGAUCGUGCCAGCAGAGACAGUCUUCAUCGUGCUAGCGAGGACCGUCCUCGCCGUGCCAGCAGAGACCGUUCUGAUCGCCGCGCUAGUAGGGACCGCUCCGAGUCACCGGAUUAG